AUGCUCUUCCUACCCAUCCAAACAUGGUCCGCCAACCGCUUCGGCCGCAAACCCACCAUUCUAGCCGGGUACAUCUUCAUGAUCCUCGGCGUGAGACUCCAAUCCGCCUCCCUAAAUGCAAAUAUGUUCAUCUACUCCCGCUUGCUGGUUGGUAUCGCCGGUGCCUGGUUCCAAUGCGCCGUGAUACUCGUCACGGAAAUCGCCUAUCCAUCGCAUCGCUCGCUCGUCACGGCCAUCUACAUGUGCCAGUACUAUGCCGGGUCCUCGUUGUCCGCUUUGCUUCGCGAUGAGGCAUGCGCAGAUGGUGUGGUGUCAUACUACCUAACUCUCAUCCUCGAUACAAUCGGAGUAACCUCGUCAACAGAUCAGACCCUCAUAAACGGCUUCCUCCAGCUCUGGAACCUGAUAAUGAGCGUGGUAGGCGCGUGUCUUGUCGAUCGCGCAGGCCGCCGUGCGCUCUUCAUCAGAUCGACUGUCAUAAUGCUGAUCAGCUGUGUCUUCAUCGCUGCACUAUCAGGAAGUUUCGUGACAACGGGUACCAGCGCCGUCGGAACAGCUGUAAUCCCAUUCUUGUUCAUCUACUAUGCGGGCUACGAUCUCGCUUUCACGCCCUUGCUCCUGGCGUACCCGGCUGAGAUUUGGAUGACAUCGCUGCGUGCCAAGGGCGUUGCUAUCUCCAUGAUGUCGAAUUAUAUAGCGCUGGUGUUUAAUCAGCUGAUUAACCCUAUUGCGUUUGAGAGGAUUUUUUGGAAAUAUUAUUUUGUGUUUUUGGUCGUGCUGCUUGUUGUCUUGGUUGUUGUUUGGGAGACCUAUCCUGAGACUAGGGGGAGGUCGCUUGAAGAAAUUGUAUGCAUUUUUGAUGGGGAGGCGCGUGUUGCUGGUGAUGGUGUUAAGGUAAGUGCGGAGGAAAGUUAUACUAGGAAAAUUGAACAUGGAGAGUUGUGA